CGUGCAUUUGUAUCACAACACCAAUUGUAGCUUCAUCCAUCCUAAAGAUGGCAGCCAAAAUCCUUCUCAUCGCUCUCCUUGCCAUGGCUUCCUCUCUCGCAAUGGCUUCUGAUCCUAGCCCUCUUCAAGACUUCUGCGUCGCCGAUAAGAACUCCAAAGUGCUGGUGAAUGGAUUCGUCUGCAAAGACCCCAAGCAAGUGACAGCCGAAGACUUCUUCUUCAUGGGACUCGACAAAGCCGGCAACACAGGAAACAAGCUCGGCUCCAUGGUCACUGCCGUCAACGUUAACAAGCUCGUCGGACUCAACACCCUCGGCAUCUCCAUGGUUCGCAUCGACUACGGGCCCAAAGGCCUCAACCCUCCCCACACUCACCCCCGUGCCACCGAGAUCCUCACCGUCAUAGAAGGACAGCUCUUGGUCGGCUUCGUCACAUCCAACACCGACGACGGCAACCGUCUCUUCACCAAGAUGCUGAAGAAGGGCGAUGUGUUUGUGUUCCCUGAGGGCCUCAUCCACUUCCAGUUCAACCCUGGGUACACCAACACCGUCGCCAUCGGUGCUCUCAGUAGCCAAAACCCCGGCACGAUCACCAUCGCCAACGCUGUGUUCGGGUCGAAGCCACCCAUCUCCGACGAUGUUCUGGCCAAGGCUUUCCAGGUGGACAAGAAGACCAUCGACUGGCUUCAGGCUCAGUUCUGGACGGACAACAACAACUAGAAAGCUUCGUUCUUGCAAGUUGACAUGACAUGAAAUGCAUAAAAUUAUGUGCUUUAAAUAAGCAAACAGUGGAUAAGCUUCUUUCUUGCAAGUUGACAUGACAUGACAUGCAUAAAAUUAUGUGCUUUAAAUAAGGAAACAGUGGAUAACUAUUUGCAUUUGUAUUUGUGAUAGAAUAUGGCUUCUUUGUUAUAUGGAAACUGUCUUACUACGUACCAAACAAUUGAGUCCCGAUGUUAUUUCUA